CCACGCCCCCCAGCUUGACCGAGGAGGUUUGGUGAACGCAUGAAAACACCCUUUUCGAUCUGUAGCUGUCAGAAGCCAUCGGCGGAAUUUUGCAGACCUCCAGCAAAAUCCCUUAUAAUCAACCAAAAUGAGGAUCUACAAGGAUAUUUUCACCGGGGAUGAAAUGUUUUCUGACACCUACAAGAUGAAGCUCGUGGAUGAGGUCGUGUACGAGGUGACCGGAAAACUUGUAACGAGAAAGCAAGGAGACGUCCAGCUGGAUGGCGCCAACCCCUCGGCCGAGGAAGCCGACGAAGGCACCGUUGAAGGUGUGGAGUCGGGCGUCGACGUUGUCCUCAACCACAGACUGAUGGAAACCUUUGCCUUCCCCGACAAGAAAAGUUACACUGCGUAUCUUAAGGACUACAUGAAGAAGUUAGUUGAGAAGCUAAAUGAAUCACAGCCCGACCAGGUUGACGUUUUCAAAAACAACAUGAACAAAGUGAUGAAGGAUGUCCUCGGAAGAUUCAAGGACCUGCAGUUCUUUGUCGGCGAGUCACAGGAAAUUGAGGGCAUGGUUGCCUUGAUGGAGUACCGUGAUCAGCCCGAUGGCUCGCAGAUUCCAGUGCUUAUAUUCUUCAAGCACGGCCUUUUGGAGGAGAAAUUCUGAACAAUUCAACUCAGAUGCGCCAUUUAUUUAUGCUUGGCCUUGGUUUCUUGCCAGGCUGUUUCAAAGACUCCUGCGUUUUUUAAUCUGGAAGAAUUGCCACACCGACCGACGAUUUCGUUCGAAAUAAAAAGCCACCACGAGAUGCAAAGUAUAAAAAAAAUGCUGAAAAAUUACUUUCAAUCAUUCAAUAGCAAAAUGCUUAUAUUUUACAAACAAAUUCUUUUAUUGAUUAAGAGGUGAAAUUUAUUGAAUUAAUUCAAUUUAAAUUAACCGCCUCCAAUAAAUAGAGACUUUUGAUAACAUUAAUUAAA